AUGGGUUUAUUUUCUAGAAAGUCCAAAGAAAACAGGAAUGAGGCAAUUCAUAUAGUUUCGACUAAAAACACAGCGAAAAAAGUAUUGGGGAAACCCCUUACUAAAGCGGCGCCACAAAGAUCUAAUUCCGAAGGUCUCAAACACCGGACUAACUUGCAAAUAUUGAGGUGUUCAUGUUGUGGGUCUUUGGUAAAUUUUCCAAAAGGAACACCAAAGUUUAAAUGUGGGGUUUGUCAAGUAACGACAGUGUUGGCUACAGAUCGCAAUUCAUUCAAGGAAGAAGCUCCUAAUUUUGAUUGUUCGGUUCGCAAAUUGUUAAAGGAGGUCAAGAAAGCUUACGCAACUUUAAAAAUAGCAAAUACAAAGGAUAGGAAGGAAAUAGAUGAAAUCUUUGAACCUGUAAGUUUAUACUUGCGUAAGGGCUUUGGUAAUGCAAACUUGUUGGAAAAAACGUUUCGCCUUUGUCAAUUAAACGAUGCUAUUGAUUAUUCUGAACUGGAUAAAUUCUACAAAAUAGUCAUUGAAUUGCCAACGAGCAAACCCCUUUAUUAUAUUCUCAAAGAAACAAACGAAUUGUUGAAACGAUCCUCAGGUACAAUUACUCAGUUCUAUUGGUUAUUUAUUAUUUUGAGGAACCCUAUUCUUAGAGGGAACCUCAAUGGUAAAUUAUCUAGGAAAUACAAAAACAAAAAAUUAAGGAUUAUUGCAUACGAUGUUAUCAAAAGGUGUAUAGGAUACCUCUCAAAUUUUUUGACAAAUACACACCAUAAGAUUUUUGUUCAUUAUCUAGAUAGCUUACCGAUAGAGAUAUUUUCCGAAUAUGUGGAACUGAUCAACUUAUAUAUUACAUUUCAGUUAACUAAGAUAACAUAUUGUGAGAAAAAAGCAAAUUUUGUCCGAAACGAACAUCAUUCUAGUAGAAAAAGUCUCGAAUUAAGGGACGAUGAUUUUUGGACCUCUGAUAAAUCGACCUUCCUAGAAAUACUACCCAAACAAAGGAACGUUGCAUUAUCUUCGGUGGAACUAAAGUUUAAGCAUUACCAAUAUGAGGAAGAUUGGCACAUAAAAUGUGCAGCGAAAUUACUCAAAAUGUUCUACACGUCCAAUGUGAAGAGAAAAGGCAACAAUACUAACUUGCAAACAUUUUGCUUUUAUAAUACCAUGUUUGAUUAUAUUGAUUACAAGCAAGACUUUGAUAUAUGGCGAGGGCUUGGGAAAACCAAAUCAGCCACACAACUACUACAGCUUCUUCAACAACCCAAAAAUCGAUUUUCUCUCUGUAAUUAUCCAUUCCUGUUAUCAUUAGGUCUGAAAAUGUGUAUAAUAGAAUAUGAAGUGAAACGUAUAAUGGAGUACGAAGCUGAACAUGCAUUCCUCACCUCGUUAGAUAAAAAGAAAGUGGUUGAUGUAUAUUUUAGGAUACGUGUCAGAAGGGAAAGAAUAACUAAUGACUCUUUGAAGUGUAUUCGCCAACAUCAAGGGGAUCUUCUGAAGUCUCUGAGAGUAGAAUUUAUUAAUGAGCCAGGAAUUGACGCUGGUGGCUUGAAAAAGGAAUGGUUUUUAUUACUAACGAAAUCCUUAUUCAACCCUAUGAAUGGGUUAUUUAAAUAUCUUGAAGAUAGCAGAUUGUCCUGGUUUGCUAUUCAGCCCAUCUGUGAAGAAGAGUCCGAUAUUGAAUCCCAGAAGGAACUAUACUAUCUGUUUGGAGUGGUACUUGCACUAGCUUUGUUUAACAGUACAAUUCUGGAUUUAAAAUUUCCGAAGGCAUUAUAUAAGAAACUCUGCAAGGAACCAUUAAACUUUGAAGAUUAUAGAGAGCUUUAUCCAGAAACAGCUAAGAAUUUGGAAAAGAUGUUGUCAUAUCCAGGCAAAGAUUUUGAGGAUUUGUUCUGUCUUUCUUUUACCACCACAUACCAAGAUGCGACUUUGGGGAUUUUUGGUUCCCAAAGUCAAACAGAUAAGGUUACAGUUGAAUUAUGUAAAGGUGGCAAGGGCAUUAACGUCACUCAAGAAAAUAAGCAACGAUUUGUCGAUUUGUGGGUGGAUUUCUAUCUCACUAAAUCUAUAUCUAAUUCAUUUGAUCACUUCCAAACUGGAUUUAAUCGAGUGUGUGGAAAAUGUUACUCGAUUUCUCUCUUUGAUUCUGAUGAAUUAGAGAAAUUAGUCUGCGGUGACGAAGGAAAGGAAAACUAUGAUUUUAAAAUAUUGAGAUCCAUAACCAAAUAUGGUGGAGGAUUUAAUGAUCAAUCAAAGAUUGUUGAGUGGUUUUGGAAAAUUGUAGAAAGUUGGAGUAAUCAGCUUCAACGUAAGUUGUUACUGUUUGUUACGGGAUCAGAUCGGAUUCCAGCAACUGGAAUAUCGACUCUUCCAUUCAAAGUAACAAGAUUGGGAACGAAAGACAAAGAGGAUUUACCAUUGUCACAUACGUGCUUUAAUGAACUUUGUCUUUGGGAAUAUACAACGGAAGAAAAGCUAAAGAAUAAACUCCUGUGUGCCAUAACGGAAUCCGAGGGUUUUGGAUUUCGCUGA